AUGGCUUUUUUCAGAAACCUCCAGCAAAAUCUGAGCCUUCCCUCUGUGUCUUCUCUGGUUGACACACUUAGCAGUGCAGUGGAUGAUCUGACCAGUGUUGUUGGAGAGGUCAGCUACAGCGUAGCUGAUUCAGUAACAGAACAAGUGACAAGUAUGAUAAACGGCCUUCGCGCAGAAGCGGAAAGCUCCAAAACGCAGAACAAUAAACCUGCGGAAGGAGUUGAAGAACACACACUAACACAUUGCCAGGAAACUCAUAUGAAAGCAAAGAGAGGUGUUGCUGAACAUAAAGAAACUCAUUCUGAUUCGUUAGAUGGCAUAAAAAAAGAUACAAGUGAAAACGGAGUAUCUGACCAUGGCAUGGACAAAAAAGAGUGCCAGGUAAAAGGCACAGAUAGUAAUAAUUACAUUAGUGAUACAGAAGUACCUCAGGAUUUGAAGACUAUGGGAGGACCUUUAAAAAGGGAAGCAGUAGGAGGAAAUGAUGAGUCUUCUGUAAAUUGUAAGUCCUCGAAGGAUAAUAACCUGAAAAGUAAUAAAUUUGCGAUGCAGCAAUCUGUUGAGGAACAAGAUGAUUGUGUGCAUGCAGUGUCAGAGAAUGCUAAGAAUCACUUGCAUGGGAAAAUCAAACCACGGUCAUCUGGAGUUGAUUUUAAGGAUUCUGAAGAGGAGCCCACUAUGAAUGUUCCCCAGGUUUUAGAAACAAAACUCGUUGAAGUACAGAAGCAAAAAUUAGCAGACUCCAGCUUGAAGAAGAUGCACUAUGACCAUCCCAAUUGCAUUCAUGAAAAAGGAGAAAAUAAGUCUGAAGCCUUUUUGGACAGAAAAGGAAAAUCCCUAUCAAAAGAUGAAGACAAUGUAUCAGCUACUCUUACAAAAGCGGGUAACAAGAAAAACACACAGAGAUCAGGGAGAGAGCUGUGUCACAAGAAGACAGCAGGAAAAGACAACUCUUAUAUGAGUAAAGACCAGCAUGGUUCAUCAUCUGAGAGUGAAGAUGAAGCACUGGGUAAAUAUCAUGAGACCUUGUCUAGGACCCAGAGUUCCAGGCUGCCAGUGGUGGAUGGCAGACAGCAAAAAAACUAUAUAUGGGAAACCAGACAAAAAUAUAGUCCCCUGUCUGCAGAAUAUGAUGGAUACAGUAGUGAAGCCUCAAUAGAUGAAGCUAACUGCAUUCAGAGGAUGAGAAGAACACCUCCACUGGAUGAGCUGCAGCCCCCUCCAUACCAGGAUGACAGUGGUUCUCCUCAUCUUUCCUGUACGCCUUCUGAAGUCGGAGACAGCAAAUGUGAAUUUUCACAGUGUAGCAACAGCCCCAGAUGUUCAUACAAGUGCCCGAGCGAGGGGAGCACCGGACACGAAAUAGAAAGCUUCCACAACAAAGGCUACGAAGAGGAUGUCCCAAGUGAUAGCACAGCUGUCCUCAGUCCGGAGGAUAUGUCAGCUCAAGGAUCAUCUUCACAGCUUCCUAAACCUUUUGAUCCUGAGCCAGUAGCUAAAUAUGGCACACUGGAUGUGACUUUUGACUAUGACUCACAGGAACAGAAGCUUUUGGUGACAGUGACAGCUGUCACAGACAUUCCCACUUACAGCAGGCCAGGUGGAAGCUCGUGGCAAGUACACCUAGUUCUUCUCCCUAUAAAGAAGCAGAGAGCAAAAACCAGCAUCCAACGGGGACCAUGCCCUGUCUUCACAGAGACAUUCAAAUUUAAUCACGUUGAGUCUGAGAUGAUUGGGAAUUAUGCGGUUCGCUUCAGACUGUACAGCGUACGGCGCAUGAAAAAGGAAAGGAUUGUGGGAGAAAAGAUCUUUUACUUAACAAAAUUGAAUCUUCAAGGGAAGAUGUCAGUGCCAGUGAUGCUGGAACCUUCUUACAGUGUCUCUGGUUGUGACUCUCAAAUGAGUAUGUCAGAAGUGUCCUGCAGUGAAAGUACCUCCUCUUGUCACUCUCUGGUACAUGGCUCCGCUCCAGAAAUCCUCGUUGGCCUCCUUUAUAAUGCUACCACUGGAAGAUUAUCAGCAGAAGUGAUAAAAGGCAGCCACUUCAAAAACUUGGCAGCGAACAGACCACCCAACACCUAUGUUAAGUUAACACUGCUGAACUCCAUGGGGCAAGAGAUGUCCAAAUGCAAAACUUCGAUCCGCCGCGGACAGCCCAACCCGGUGUACAAAGAAACCUUCGUUUUCCAGGUGGCACUGUUUCAGCUUUCAGAUGUGACACUGAUACUCUCUGUGUAUAAUAAGCGCAGCAUGAAGCGGAAGGAGAUGAUAGGGUGGAUUUCCUUGGGUCUCAACAGUUCAGGAGAGGAUGAACUCAAUCACUGGACUGAAAUGAAAGAAUCUAAAGGACAGCAAGUAUGUAGAUGGCAUACUUUACUCGAGUCGUAAUGGACAGGACAGAGUGCAGUGGUGGUUUUAAGGGAGUUUGGUCUCUCAAGAAGAUGAUCCUCCCCAGUCACAAUCAGAGGAUUUAUUGUGGAAGUACAAAACAAAGAUCGAGGUCAACAUUCCAUCGUAAAGAAUGCACAAUGUGCAGAAAUGGUGGGAUUUCAUAGGUAACCUUCACUUAGUGUCAGACGCUUCCUUGGUGUCCGAGCAGCCUUGCUGUACACAGACACCUUAGUGGUCCCUCCUCCAUCCACCUGAUGCUGUAUUUGUUUGGGUUUGUUUUGUGGUUCACAAUUCAGAAACGUUUUAUGUAAGGUUCUCUAAAUUGAUGUAAGCUCCUCCUUGUGUACUUUUUUGUACUGCUCUAAUAACAAUGUAGCUUCUGACCUGCCUGCAUACAGAUUAAAGGUCAAUAAUUUGCACUUGGAGAAAAAUUUAAUGAUCUGCAGAGCAAAAGAAGAAACCAAGGAUCACGGGUGGAGAGCUUGGUCACAUAGCAAAUAUGAAUACACUCUUGUUUCACACUGAGUUUCUUUCCUGGAGCUUAGUACAAGUAAGUUUUUAAUUUUUUAUAUGCAGUUGGCUUGAAAAAGACUGGCAUUGGGGCAUCAGGUGAACUUCAGCAUCAAACUAAGCAACCUGUGACAGGAACAAGCGCUAUACACGGCAUAAAUUGGGUUUCUCCCUCUUGCCUCUACUUCUGCCUAAUACAAGGAGACCAGAUCAUUAAGUUUGGUCCCUUCCAAAUUUCCUUGGACAGGUUGUACUGUAAAACUCUGUAACUUUCUGUUGAAAGCACUUCCUGUAUUCCUGUAUUCCAGUGUAAGGAAGCUCAUCGAGCACGACUUUGCUAAAGUAUAUUUUCUUUAAACAAAUUGAUACAGAUUUCUUUUAAAGGGUCAUCAGGGGGAAGCUAGGUUGAAAGACUGUGGAGGAAGUGGCAACAGUGGAGCUACUUUGAAUGAAUGCAAAGUACUAUGGCUUUAGGAUCCAUGUGAGCCUCUUCUGAGCUGUCGCAGGGAUUACUGUGUGCUGUCCGUUGGAAGCAGGGAACAGACCUUUCUUCUUGGAGAAGAGAACGUCAGUAAGUUAUUUUUCUAGUGAUUUGCCAGCAAUUGAAUGAAUGCUCAUGCCCAAAGUAGAAGUUUGCUUUGCUUAUGUUCAGGUUGGGAAAUGCAGCUUUCUAAUGAUGCAGCUGAGAAGCUGCAGCAGCAGAGAAAAGUUUGCCAUCAGGUGAACACCUGCGGCCACAAUAAGGGCAAUAUCAGUGCUUCUCAGAUUCCUAUUGGUCCCCAAUACUUCAACUGAAAUCACACUGAUUUACUGACUGCUGAAUCUCAUCCAUACUGCUUAAGUCAUGGACUAUGGAGUAAAUAUGUUUUAAAAGCUUCCCAGUACAAAUAUUCUUUUUGCCUGUCAUUAUUAAGUUUCAUUGACUUGUAUGGAAAGAAAGUGAUUUUUCUUCUUCUU